UUCUUUUUCUUCUUCUUUUCCUUUUUUGUUCUUCCUGCAGAUAUGGCAGAGCCGAAGAAGACGAUCGUAUUGAUAAGCUCCGAGGGCACGGAGCACGAAGUGGAUGCGGCGGCGGCGCUGGAGUGCUCGGUGACCAUCAAGAAUAUGGUCGAAAUGGGCGUCGAGGGGCCGGUACCCCUCAAAUAUAUGAAUUCUGCGACGGUGGCGAAGGUGGUGGAGUUCUGGAGCCACCGGCACCACCACGGCGAUAUCGACGGUGCAGGCGGGGAGGCGGCGUGGGAGGCGGAGUUCUUUGACUGCACCAUCGGCGAUUUAUGCGACAUGCUCAAAGCCGCCAACUUUCUCGUGGAUGAGAAACUGCUGGACCGCGCGGCCUGCACCGUCGCUGACCGAAUCAAGAACAUGUCGGUGGAAGUUGUCCGCGACGUUUUCGGAGUUGAGAAUGACUUCACUCCCGAAGAGGAGGCUGAGGAGCGGAGCAAGUAUCCUUGGGCUUUCGAUGCCUGUCAUUGAUCGAUCGCUACUAUACGAUUGAGACUUUUGCAUGCAUGUUAAAGUAUUUGAGUUUUAGGGUUCAUUAAUUACUUUCGUUUUUCUUUUC